CUUACUGUUUUGAGAAAGCCAUUGUCAUGAGGCAUGAUCUAGGCCAAAUUACGCGGGAGAACAAGCUGAAGGUGUCCGACCUUCUGCGCUGCAAAGCAAGGAGCUACUGUGGCCUUAAUCCUGCAGGCAAAGGUAGAGAGAUGAAUGAAAGAGGAUUUCCAAUUAUAAGACUUACACUAUUAAUGAGAAGAGGUUCUCGCUCGUUCAAGAAUGCAACUGCUGUGACUGAUAUAUUUGCAAAGGAAUGUGCCCGAGUUGAAGGCUGCAUUCUGCACAUAGUUCAGUCGGAAGAUUUAUCUUUCUGUGACCAGGUGAAAGUGCUGACCAACACUGACAUUGUUGCAUCUCCACAUGGAGCACAAUUAACAAAUAUGCUCUUCAUGGACCGCGAGAGCAGUGUAAUGGAGUUCUUCCCAAAAGGAUGGUUAGAGAAUGCUGGUGUAGGACAAUAUGCUCACCACUGGAUGGCAGAUCAAUCGGGGAUGAAACAUCAGGGUGCCUGGUGGGAUCCAAUAGGCAAAGAUUGUCCAUCGCCACAAGAUCAUCUGCAGUGCUUUCUUUUUCAUAAAGAUGGCAUGGUUGGACAUAACGAAACCUAUUUUGCAGAAUGGGCAAGGAGAGUGAUUGAUCAGGUUAGGCUAAGCAAGGUGGGGCAACCCUCUGAAGAUCAAGCAAAGCAACAACAUGAUUCAAAAGCAUGUAUCUGCUAGCUUACUGUUAAAGCAUUAAGUAGCAUAAAUAAGGGUAGACUUCAUAAGAGUUAAAAUCAUAUGUAUACACUGUUUUGCCCGACAUCUGCAAAACAGGCUCUGCUAUUUUAACGAAAGAAUUAUACAACAUACUCCAUUGCACCGUAAUCACAUUUUUCUUAGAUAAGCACCCAAUGGUCAUUGUCAUAUAGCAAGUAUUACAAAGAACAAUAAAAUGAAAAGAAGAAGGUUAAACUGAUAGCAACCCAUGGUGUUUCUACAGAUUAGGAAACUUUACAUAAGACUAAUAUCCGGAGUUCCUACAGUUGCCCCCCUUGCUUCCCAAAUCA